GCUGUCUACAAGGCCUGGCCCACCUCCUCUCCUCUCCUGCCCACUGAGCAGUCAGAAGAGCAGAGAGUCCUUAUAAGCCUGUGCACCCGGGCCUGUGCCCUGCAGAUGAGCCAUGGCCCGCAUCAUUGACCUGGUGCCGUGGGACGAUGGUUCCACCCACCUGUAUGCAUCCCCGGCCAUCCUGCUCCCGAUACCUCGGCAGCGCAAACAGCUGGCCAGUGUGAAGCAGCAGCUCUACCAUCCAGCCCUGCCCACCCUGCGCCGCAUGGACAUGGACUCUGUCAAGGCCUGCCUCUCAGACGAGCACAGCCAGUCCAGCACCUACUGCCGCAAAGAUGAAUUUGACAACGCCCACUUCACACUCCUGGGGAUCCCCAACCAACCUCUGCAUUGCUUGCAGGACAUCACGCCAACUGGCCAGAAGCUCCACUGCAAGUACCGCGAGGGAAAGCUGGUGCCCAUUGUACCAGGCAUAAACCGGAUCGACUGGCCCUCCUUCACGCGCGCCAUCGAGGACUGGUCCCACUUCGUGUCCACGGCCGGGGAGUUCAAGUUGCCCUGCCUGAACAACGGGGUGGAGAGGUUCAGCGGCUACGCAGUACGGUAUUUGAAGCCGGAUGUGACUCAGAACUGGAGGGAACGCGUUCCGGCGCUUCGGCUCCAACUACAGUCGCAUCAACUACCUGACUCCCUGGCAUUAAUCUAUGAAGAGGAGGCCAACCCUGGGACUGCUGAAAUGUGCCACCUCAGGGGUGGAGGUGACAGUCAUUGCCCUUACACGGAGGUGAGGAACCACGGUGCCAUCUCUCUGUGCAAACGUAUAGGCUCUGCUGACAACAGAGCAGAAGACUGGAGCCUGGGGAGGAAUGGACAGGAAGGAGUCAACACAUCACGGAGCCUCUUCUUCCUCAGGGGCCUGGUGAAGAUGUACCCAGCCUUCUGCCAUUUCGUGCAGAAGUGCUUUCCUACAGCUCAGCCGACAGUACCUGUUGGCUUGAAUCUUGGGAGGCCAUUCACAGAGCCUCCUGGGGUUCCUGGGCCACAUUCUACAGCACCAGAAUCCCCUCCAAAUGCCAGAGAAAAGAUAGAUUUGCCCAAGACUCACAGCAGGAUGCUAGAGUCUUGGUCUGGAUGAGAAGGGACACUAGUCAGCUCUAGGGAACAUGCUGAAACAUAUAAAAGGGAAUAAAGUGGGUUUUAUUCCUGACCCCAUUUCCUGGUGAGCAAGUCCAUCCAACAAUGUGACCCAGCAAACAUUUGCAGCCUUUGCCUGGGCCAGCUCUGUGCUGGGUGCUGGGGUGGCACAGACAAGAUGCCAUCCCUGCCUCUAGAGGGUUCCCAUCCAAUGGGAGAGACUGGUGGGCCCGGCUGGUGCAAACCAGAAACAGUGUUCUUCCAGCCCAGGAUGCUGUGGAUGGUAACUCACCCCAGCAACUUAAUUACAACUUCUCGUCCACCAAUUGUACAUUUAAUCCUGAUUUCAUAAACAUAAGAAAAAGUGUGCCUAAGAAUAAAGGAACUGAGAGUAGAAAGGCCUACACAGCUUGAUUGAGUGGGCACUUCCUAUAUUUAAGUGGAAGGCAAUGCACUAAGUGCUUUGCGGGCCGCAUUUAACAGUUGACAAAAUGGACUUGGAGAAGUUAAGUGACUGGCACGAGAUCACACAGGUGGUGACUGGCAGAGUUGGGAAUUGAAGCCAGCCUGUCUGGCCCCUACUUGUGGUCACAACAUUCUCCUGCUUUCUCGCUAAGAGAAGGAGGCUAAGAGUGGGGGAGGAAGCCAGAGGGGGCUUCCUGGGGCUGGGACAUCUGGGCUUAGAAGGAGGACAGGAUGUCUUAUCAGAAAGCUCUCAGAAGCUGGGCAUGGUAGUGCCCCUACUGUCCCAGCUAUUUGGGAAGCUGAGGUGGGAAAUUCGC